GGUUCUAAAAGUGAAAGAAGACUGUGUCAUUGGAGGUCAUGCACUUUAUUUUUAUUCCUACAAAACUGUCUCUUAUAAAGUUAUUACUAUUUCAAAAUUUGAAGUUAUAAUUAAAAGUUGUAUCGUUUUACGAAGUUAUGUGUGAAUCGAUUUUUUUACCGAACAUAAUAUAGUAAUGGCAGACCAGUUUUGUUUGCGCUGGAAUAAUUUCCAAACAAACAUAGUUAGUGCAUUAGAUUCGCUAAAGUGCUCUGAGGAUUUGGUUGAUGUUACGUUAACUUGUGAAGGCAGAAAUAUCAAGGCCCAUAAAGUAAUACUGUCAGCAUGCAGCCCAUACUUUAGGAAUGUGUUCAAGGAAAAUCCAUGUCAACAUCCUGUUAUCAUUUUGAAAGAUGUCUCAGCUGACGAUAUUCUUAGCUUGUUGUCUUAUAUGUACCAAGGAGAAGUUUUUAUAGAAGAAAGUAAGUUGUCAUCAUUUUUGCAUACCGCAGCUUUGUUACAAGUCAAAGGGUUGACGGGUGCUACACCACAGAAUGAAAGUUUUUUCUCAACAAGUGCUACAAACAAACUAUAUACUCAACUAACAAUAUCGGCCAAAUCACAAUUUAAUGUUGUUCAUAAAGAUACAAAAAUUCCUGCACAGAAAAAAAGACGGAGUAGUACUUCAGAUAAACCCAAUGAUGUUUCUUAUGGCGAGGGAAACAAAAAAAGUAAAGUACAAGAAGCUAGUGAUGUGUAUUGCAAGAAUAAUGGUGCUCAGCCUGCAAAAGUGGAAAACAUCUUGCUUGUACCCGAAAAUCAUGUAGACAAGAAAACUGAGGCUAAAAGUGAACACUGUGUGACAGCAAAUGGAAAGAAUGCUAUUCAGACACAAGAUGACAUUCCAGUUACUAUAAAAACAGAAUGGGAUGAUGAAAAUGCUUCACCGGCCCACGCUCAAGUAAUUAAUUACGAUAAUGAUGAUAGUAUUCCUGAUUACGAAAAUAGUAUGCUUGCCCGAUCUUUAAUAUCAGGCAUCAAUCCCACAAAGAGUGAUAUAUGUGCAAGUCCAACCCUAAAAAAAGUGUCAAAUGUAACAGAUAUACAAAACAUAAUACGACCAAAAGAAUCAAGUGUGGAUGCUGUAAACUUUCCCACCUUGUCUAAAAGUCCAGUCAAAUCGCCUAAAGAAGAUUCUCUAGUGAAAGCUGAAAAACCGUCUCCAAAAUCUGAUCUGGAAUAUGAGCCUGAAAUAUUACUAUCAGAACAUAAUGAUGGUACUGACUCUGAAACAUACAGUCAGGAACAGUCACAUGCAUUGUUAUUACUGGCCGGAAUGUCAACAGUUACUGGAUUAACAAGUGGGGCCUCAACAUCUCAGACAGUAACAUCUCAUCAACAAUCAAAUCAUGCUGCAAUAUGCGGAGAUUGUCCUCAUUGCGGAAUGAAAUAUUCAAACCAAUCUGCUCUAAAAUACCAUGUAAGAUUAAUGCACUCCGAUUUGACAAACAGGCUCUGUUGCUAUCUUUGUCCAAGAUCAUUUACAAUGAGAGAAACAUUUAAAGAACACAUGUGGACAAGUCAUGGACAGCGUAACUGAUAUCUCAAUGAGUAGUGCCUUAUAUUUAAAUUGAAAUUGUGCCUUGAUAAUUUAUAAUAUUUUUAUACAAAAAUUUUGAUUACCAUGAACUGUUAGGAACAAACUAAAUUAUUUUGAAUAAAUAUUCUUCUGGUAUGUAUAAAUGAGUCUUAUGAUAUUAGAUUAAUAUAUUUAUAAUAUAAUGAAAACUAUUUAAAUAAAAGAUAUAUUACUUGCUUAUUGCAAGGGAAA